AUGACCUGGCCUUUGUCGACUGUGUCGGUUCCAUGUUUUCUAGUGCUCAUUGGUGUUUUUUUUUCCCUCGCAGCAGUUGGAGGAGGAUCAGAAACUAAAUUUACUGAUUUGAAGGAAACGUUUUCAUCAGAGAGUGUGGAUUCCCCGAGGAACAAAAAAAAAGAAACUAAAACCACUGAAACCAGGCACAAGAACGCAAAACGUACACUAAAAUCUGAAAAGGAAUUUCUCAAGUUCUCUUUCAAAUAUCAACAAGUUCUUGCAGAAAGAGAUGCAGCGCCGACGGUGAGAGAUGAUAAACUUGAAUCACUUUGUAGGGAGUUGCAACGUCAAAACAAAAUGUUAAUGGUACUUUGCAAAUGGGUAUCAACAGAAGGUCAAAAUAUAAGAUUAGAUUUAUCGGCUAGGUUCCAUACUGCAAUCAAGGAUGUGGCCAAUAAGCUGGAAGAGCAGAAGAAUGAAAACCUAUCUCAACUGAAGGAUAAUGAGUUGUUAAGAGAUAAGUUGAAGCAGUUUGCUGAUCAAUAUGCUCUUGCUGAAAGACAAUUCGAACAAAAGCUAAAGCAGAAAACACUAGAACUAGAGCUUGCUGAUCUAAAAAUUAAGCAACAUGAAGAGAAAUUGAUCCAAGAACAAGUGCAGAUGAAAGUAUAUGCAGAGUGGUUUUAG